UGCAGUGGCCCGCCACUUCUGCUAUUUCUACGCAUACCAGCUUUAGUAAUCGUCGUUGCUGUUGUCGCUUUGCUGCUGCAUUAUCGCAAGCACCACUCGGCAACAAUUCCCAGUUUUUGGCCCAAACGUUAAUUAUCCCAUUCCUUGAUUCGUUGUCUCCCAUGCGCUUCUGAUCAGCUUUAAUUGCCCAAUAUGUCGGGAUACCCUCAGCAAGGCGGCGGAGGCCAUCACGAUGAUGGCUACGGCCAUGCUCCCAACGCAAAUGGAAAUGGUGACGCGUAUUACAACGACGAUCAGCAGUACUAUGAUAACCGUAAUGGAGGACACGCUGCCGGCGGUCAGCAUGGCGAAGGUUACUAUGAUGAGUCCGGCUACUAUAACGCCGACCCAAACAACCCGUACCACCAGGAUGGUGGUUAUUACGACAACCAUGAAGGGUUUCAGGAGGGUUACGACAACGGCUACUACGACCAGCAUGGCUACGACCAGGCCGGCGGCUAUCGAGACAACCAUGCCGCUCGUGGCUCUGAGGAGGAUUCCGAGACCUUUAGCGAUUUCACCAUGAGGUCCGACAUGGCCCGUGCCGCCGAGAUGGACUACUAUGGCCGUGGCGAUGAGCGCUACGACAGUCAGUAUGGCGACCAGGGCGGUGCCCGGGGUUAUCGCCCUCCUUCCUCGCAGAUCUCGUACGGCGGAAACCGCUCGUCUGGCGCGUCGACACCAAACUACGGCAUGGACUACGGUAACGUUCUUCCUGCCGGCCAGCGCUCCAAGGAACCGUAUCCCGCCUGGACGUCGGAUGCCCAAAUCCCCCUCUCGAAGGAGGAGGUGGAGGACAUCUUUUUGGAUCUCUGCGCAAAGUUCGGUUUCCAGCGUGACAGCAUGCGCAACAUGUACGACCAUCUCAUGACGCUUCUCGACUCCCGUGCUUCUCGUAUGACUCCCAACCAGGCUCUUCUCUCGCUCCAUGCCGACUACAUCGGUGGCGACAACGCAAACUACCGCAAGUGGUACUUCGCUGCCCAUCUGGAUCUGGACGAUGCCGUCGGUUUCGCCAACAUCAAGGGCAAGAAGGGCAACCUGAAGCGCACCAAGAAAAAGGCCAAGGGUGACGAGCCCCAAAACGAAGCUGAGAUCCUUCAAGAGCUGGAGGGUGAUGAUUCGUUGGAGGCGGCCGAGUUCCGUUGGAAGACUCGCAUGAACAGGAUGUCGCAGCAUGACCGUGUGCGACAGCUUGCCCUGUAUCUCCUGAUUUGGGGCGAAGCCAACCAGGUCCGCUUCAUGCCCGAGUGUCUGUGCUUCCUCUUCAAGUGCGCCGAUGACUAUCUCAACUCGCCCGCGUGCCAAAACAUGGUCGAGCCCGUUGAGGAGUUCACCUUCCUCAACAACGUCAUCACCCCGCUGUAUCGCUACUGCCGCGAUCAGGGUUACGAGAUCUACGAAGGUGUCUACGUCCGUCGCGAAAGAGAUCACGAGCAGAUUAUCGGUUAUGAUGACUGCAACCAGCUCUUCUGGUAUCCCGAAGGUAUCAACCGUAUCGUUCUUGAGGACAAGAGCAAGCUGGUGGACGUCCCUCCCGCUGAGCGUUAUCUCAAGCUCAAGGAUGUCAACUGGAAGAAGUGCUUCUUCAAGACCUACAGGGAGACACGCUCGUGGUUCCACAUGCUUGUCAACUUCAACCGUAUCUGGAUCAUUCACUUGACCAUGUUCUGGUUCUACACUGCCUACAACAUGCCUACCAUCAUCACUCCCAUGUACGAACAGCAGGUCAACCAGUCACCUCCCAAGGCUGCCAUGUGGUCCUUUGUCGGUUUCGGUGGUGCUGUCGCUUCGCUGAUCAACUUUGGAGCAACUCUGGCAGAAUGGGCCUAUGUUCCUCGCAGAUGGUCUGGUGCGCAGCAUCUGUCCAAGCGAAUGCUGUUCAUGGUCUUCGUCCUCAUCAUCAACUUGGCUCCUGGUGUCUAUGUCUUCCUUCCGGGCCUGUCAGGCCAGGCUCUGAUUGAUCAUCAGAACAGCACCCCUGUCUAUAUCGUCGGCAUCGUUCACUUCUUUAUCGCUCUCGUCACCUUCUUGUUCUUUGCCGUGAUGCCUCUGGGUGGUCUCUUCGGCAGUUACCUCACCAAGAACUCACGCAAGUACGUCGCCAGUCAGACAUUUACUGCCAGCUGGCCUCGCCUCAACGGUCAUGACAUGGCCAUGUCGUUUGGUCUGUGGGUUGUGGUUUUCGGCGCCAAGUUCGGAGAGUCGUACGUAUAUUUGACACUGUCGAUUCGUGACCCAAUUCGUUACAUUGGUCUUAUGGAUACCACGUCAUGUCUUGGAGACUCGAUUUUGAAGACGUGGCUCUGCCCGUACCAGCCGCAAAUCACGAUGGGUCUGAUGAUCUUCACUGGUAUGAUCUUCUUCUUCCUCGAUACGUAUCUGUGGUACGUCUUGAUCAACUCCGUCUUCUCGGUCGCCAGAGCUUUCUACCUUGGUUCCUCGAUCUGGACUCCUUGGAGAAACGUCUACGCUCGCUUGCCCAAGCGUAUCUACUCCAAGGUUCUCGCCACUACGGACAUGGAGAUCAAGUACAAGCCCAAGGUCCUCAUCUCCCAGAUCUGGAAUGCUAUCGUCAUCUCCAUGUACCGCGAGCACCUUCUGGCCAUUGAUCACGUCCAGAAGCUCCUCUACCACCAGGUGCCCUCUGAGCAGGAAGGCAAGCGUACUCUGCGUGCCCCCACUUUCUUCGUUUCCCAGGAAGACCAGUCUUUCAAGACCGAGUUCUUCCCUCAGUACAGCGAAGCCGAGCGCAGAAUUUCCUUCUUCGCCCAGUCGCUCUCUACUCCCAUCCCCGAGCCCCUCCCUGUUGACAACAUGCCUACCUUCACUGUCAUGAUUCCUCACUACAGCGAAAAGAUUCUUCUUUCUCUGCGUGAAAUCAUUCGUGAAGAUGAGCCCUACUCGCGUGUCACUCUCCUGGAAUACCUCAAGCAGCUCCAUCCCCACGAAUGGGACUGCUUCGUUAAGGACACCAAGAUUCUCGCGGAUGAGACCUCGCAGUUCAACGGCGAGACUGAGAAGGAGAAGGAAAAGGAGAAGGAGAAGGAGACCGUCAAGAGCAAGAUCGACGAUCUUCCCUUCUACUGCAUCGGUUUCAAGUCCUCGGCACCCGAGUAUACCCUCAGAACCCGUAUUUGGGCCUCGCUUCGCUUCCAGACCUUGUACCGUACCGUCUCGGGUUUCAUGAACUACGCUCGUGCCAUUAAGCUUCUCUACCGUGUCGAGAACCCCGAAGUCGUCCAGAUGUUUGGCGGUAACUCCGACAAGCUCGAGCGUGAGCUGGAGCGCAUGGCUCGUCGCAAGUUCAAGCUCUGCAUUUCCAUGCAGCGUUUCGCCAAGUUCAAGAAGGAGGAAAUGGAGAACGCCGAGUUCUUGUUGCGCGCUUACCCCGAUCUCCAAAUCGCCUACCUUGACGAAGAGCCUCCUCUUGCCGAAGGUGAGGAGCCUCGUCUGUACUCUGCUCUCAUCGACGGUCACUCUGAGAUCAUGGAGAACGGUUCGCGCCGGCCCAAGUUCCGUAUCCAGCUUUCCGGAAACCCCAUUCUCGGUGACGGAAAGUCCGACAACCAGAACCACGCCAUCAUCUUCUACCGCGGCGAGUACAUCCAGCUUAUCGAUGCCAACCAAGACAACUAUCUCGAGGAGUGCCUCAAGAUCCGCAGCGUACUGGCCGAGUUCGAGGAGAUGAAGACCGACAACCUUUCGCCCUACACUCCCGGUGUCAAGAACGAGGUCCGCCACCCUGUUGCCAUUCUCGGUGCUCGUGAGUACAUUUUCUCCGAGAACAUUGGUAUCCUCGGUGAUAUUGCCGCCGGUAAGGAACAGACAUUCGGUACGCUCUUCGCCAGAACCUUGGCCCAGAUUGGUGGCAAGCUCCAUUACGGUCAUCCUGAUUUCCUCAACGGUAUCUUCAUGACUACCCGUGGUGGUGUCUCCAAGGCUCAAAAGGGUUUGCAUCUGAACGAGGAUAUUUACGCUGGUAUGAACGCUCUGUUGCGUGGUGGCCGCAUCAAGCACUGCGAUUACUACCAGUGCGGUAAGGGUCGUGAUUUGGGUUUCGGCUCCAUUCUCAACUUCACCACCAAGAUUGGAACUGGUAUGGGUGAACAGUUGCUCUCUCGCGAGUACCACUACCUUGGAACUCAGCUCCCGAUCGAUCGUUUCCUGUCCUUCUACUACGCCCAUCCCGGUUUCCACUUGAACAACAUGUUCAUUAUGCUCUCGGUCCAGCUCUUCAUGCUUUGCUGCGUUAACAUCGGCGUACUGCGUCAUGAGACGAUCCGCUGCGAGUACAACCGCGAGGUCCCCAUUACCGAUGCCCUCUUCCCCACCGGCUGCUCCAACACCGACGCUCUUCUGGACUGGGUUUACCGCUGUGUCCUCUCGAUUAUCUUCGUCUUGUUCCUUGCCUUCGUUCCCCUGAUAGUCCAGGAGAUGAUGGAGAAGGGUGUGAUCCGCUCUGCGACUCGUUUCAUCAAGCAGAUCCUUUCGCUCUCGCCCUUCUUCGAAGUGUUCGUCUGUCAGAUCUACGCCAACUCUGUCCAGCAAGAUUUGUCCUUUGGUGGUGCCAGAUAUAUCGGUACCGGUCGUGGUUUCGCCACCGCGCGUAUUCCCUUUGGUGUUCUCUACUCCCGUUUCGCCGGUCCUUCGAUCUACUUCGGAGCCAGAUUGGUCAUGAUGUUGCUCUUUGCCUGCCUGACUGUCUGGCACGCUGCCCUGAUCUACUUUUGGAUCUCGCUCAUGGCCUUGGUCAUCUCGCCCUUCCUCUACAACCCUCACCAGUUCUCUUGGGGCGACUUCUUCAUCGACUACCGCGAGUAUCUCCGCUGGCUCUCGCGUGGUAACUCUCGCUCGCACGCCUCUUCUUGGAUCACCUUCUGCCGUCUCUCGCGUAUUCGAAUCACUGGUUUCAAGCGCAAGAUUAUCGGAGACCCGUCGAGCAAGCUUUCGGGCGAUGUUGCCAGGGCUGCCAUCACCAACCUGUUCUGGUCCGAGAUGCUUACCCCCUUCAUCCUUGUCUGCUUGACGACCAUUCCGUAUCUGUUCAUCAACGCGCAGACUGGUGUCAAGGGCGAAUUUGGACCCCAUGCCAACGACGAUAGCAUCAAGCCUACCGCCGCCUUGAUCCGUCUCUUGGUUGUCACGUUUGCGCCCAUGGCUGUCAACGCCGGUGUCCUUGGUGGCUUGUUCGGUAUGGCCUGCUGCAUGGGUCCUCUGUUGAGCAUGUGCUGCAAGAAGUUUGGUAGUGUUCUGGCCGCCAUUGCCCAUGGUAUGUCGGUCAUUAUCCUUUUGGUUAUGUUCGAAGUCAUGUUCGUCCUGCAGAACUUUGAGUUUACCCCUACGCUCCUCGGCAUGAUCGCCAUGGUCUCGAUUCAGCGCUUCAUCAUCAAGAUGAUUGUCUCGUUGGCCUUGACUCGUGAGUUCAAGACUGAUACCUCCAACAUUGCCUUCUGGACGGGCAAGUGGUACUCUAUGGGCUGGCACUCGGUUUCGCAACCUGCUCGUGAGUGGCUUGCCAAGAUCACGGAGCUCAGCAUGUUUGGCGCCGACUUUAUCCUUGGCCACCUGAUUCUGUUCUCCAUGUUCCCCGUCCUUAUCAUCCCCAAGGUCGAUGUGCUCCACUCGGUCAUUCUCUUCUGGCUCCGUCCAAGCCGUCAAAUUCGUGCCCCCAUUUACUCGUUGAAGCAGACGAAGCUCAGGAGGAGACGUGUGAUCCGCUAUGCGAUCCUCUACUUUGUCCUGCUUGUCAUCUUUGUCGCCCUGAUUGUUGGACCGAUUGUGGCUGGCAAACAGCUUCCUACUGACACGCUCGACAUGGUCAACAACUUUGGCGAUGGAAGCUUGAUCCUCAGGCAGUACCCCUGGAAGCUGGGACCUUCUGGUGACAAUGACGACACCAGAGGUCGUCUGGAGACGGGAACCAAGGCUACUAACUACUCUGGUGUCUGGACCCCGACGACAACAUCGGACUAUGUCGCCAAGGCUACUAGCAAGGCUGAAAGGAGGAUGGCAUUUUAAGAUGAUGAAGCAAAAAAAGGGGGGAACUGGUAUGGUAGCAUAGGGUUAAUUGGUUUGACACUCUAGUACCAGUUCUCUGGUGUUUUUUUUUUGUUUCGAUAUUUAUUUUUGGUUUUGGGUUUUGCGU